GUCAAGCGCAAAACUCAAGACGAUCGAAGCGCCAUCUCCGUUUUGACAUAUGAACUAUGUUGGAGGGGAUCUUUGUUUAUUUCGUACCAAGUGCAUAUCAGUAGUGAAAAGUAUUUUCAUUUUUAUUAACGAAUUACGGAGAUAACAUCGAUAAUGCAGCAAUCAGAUUUGAAAAAGUGCGCCCCGGAUGUCGAGCUUGAAGUAACCAUAGUGGAUAUUCUGGAUUAUGUGGGCGAAUCUGUGCGGCCGAUCAAAGAAGGUUAUGCUGUAUAUGCCGCGAAUCAUGUAAUCUGUAUCGGAUACCGCCAGCAAGAUGCAGUAAAUACGGAAGUCACUGGUUACGUGACUCAGACCUCGCAUCCUGGAUUGGCUCCACAUGAAGUGUUCUUGAAGCUGCAACAGGACAUUUCUAAAUGGACACUGAAAUGUUCUUGCAAAGCUGGAACAGCUAAAUGCAAGCAUAUUGUUGCAUGUUUGCUCCAUAUAGAGAAACACCCAAAACUCGAAUACCUUUCAUGCACAGACGUGAAACAAGCAUGGGGUAUGACCAAAUCGAGGAAACCGGUGCCUUGGAGGGCAAAGCGAAUCAAGGACCUAUGCUGCGUGACUCAACCAUAUGGCCUUCCUUGCUCUGUUUCAAACAGUCAAACCGAGGAGGAAAUUUUGUCCACGUCGUUCAACCGAAUUUUAUCAGGUAAAAACAAAUGUAGUAAAUUACUCAAAAUGUAUACUGAUAUCAUCUAAAUGUGUUUCAGUUUCGAAACAAUCAGCAAUCUUCAAACAUAUUGAAGGGCGUUUUUUGAACGAGCUCAAAACGUAUCCUAAUCGAGCCUUGCAGAAUUCAGUUGAAGGUGACGAACUGAAUAUCUACAUCACUGAAGAAGAACUCACACGAUGCCUGAACCUGAACUUGUCCAAAAUUUAUGUUCAGGAUUGUAAUAUGAGUUCAUUAGAACAAUCGGAAUAUUAUAAAAAUUACGUUAAUGUUGAUAUCACUAAGGUAAUAAGAAUUGCAUUGGAAACACGUGACCAAUCAACCAAUGACUGGAAAAUUCACCGUACCAAGAGAAUUACGGCAAGUUCGGCUUACAAAUUAUUCACCUAUCUUAAAAAUAAAAACCCAGAUUGGGGUAAAAAAAUUGAGCAAUAUUGGGAUAUAAAAGGAAUAAAUGUUAAAGCCACUAAGUAUGGAAAGGACACCGAACAACUUGCAUAUGACUGCUACAAGAAAAAUCGUAAUCCUCUUGUGAAAAAAUGUGGCUUGGUGGUUCACCCCAAUGAGUGUUGGAUAGCUGGCUCUCCAGAUGGCGUCGACGUUUAUUCUCAGGUGCUGCUUGAAAUCAAAUGUCCAGGCAACGAAGAAAUGUCGUUAGCGGACCUCUUGGACUCUGCUGCUGUUAGACGAUAUAUCAAAAAUUCUACCACAUCAGAUAUUAAAUUGUCCGAGCAGCAUAUGUACUAUUGUCAAAUUCAGAUAAACAUGUGGAUAUUGAAUUGUAUUACAUGCGACUUCAUCAUAUACUCUAAAAAAGAUGAUGAUUUUAUAGUAAUCGAAGUUCCGUUUGACAAAAGCUUCACACAAAAUAUGAUAAAUGAGUUGAAAAAACUGUACUUUAACCGUAUGCUGUCACAAUUAGUUAAGAAUAAUGUUUAAAUUAUGCUGAGAGUAAAUAUGGUUUGUUUUGCGAAUAACUUAUUUCUAAAAUAAAGAAAUCAUCAACUAAUGGAAAUCUUUAUUAAGUUUCAGUAUUUAUAGUGAUGGUAAAGAAUACAAUUGACAAUUAUAUAUGUUUAUAAUGUAUAUUUAUUAUGACAAGGACCUAACCAGGAUUGAUCUUCUUGGCAUACUUUCCUAUUUAUCUCAAAUUCGGUGUAAAUAUUUCGCUCACUUCUUGAUUUUAUUUGGUUCUUCACUUGGUUUAUGUUUAAUUAUUCAAAUUUUUACAGGAUUAUUCCCAGUAAUACAUACAUACAGAGCUGGUAGGCAAAAAUCUCUAUUCUUAAUGAGGACUCUAAAGUAACUUUUCUCCUCGGUGCAAAAAUAACUUCUCCUUGGUGCAAAAUUAUAGAAACUCCAGAGGUACGCAUCUCUCAUGUGAUAAAAGUAAACAGACCCUUAAGGGACUUUUUUCAGAUGUAGUAGGUUCCCGGUGACCACAGUGACCAAAUUCGGAUCUCCCUUAGUGUUUCUAUAACUAGAUAGGUGUGUCUUUCAUUUAAGCGAAACAGAAAUGAAAACGGUUAACACACUAGUUUUUGCUACUUUUUAAAAUUUACGAUUUCAAUUUGUAACUUUUCGUUAGGGACUAAGUAAGGCGAGGGUGGCAAUAGAAGCCACACCUUAAAUUUUCAAGGACAGAAAUAUGGAGU